AAACAUUGACAAACCACCACAAUGAACUGCCCUUCAAGGAACGAUGACGUGCUGGAGAACCCAGGAUGGAACCAGAACCCUCCAAGGUUUGCCGCGGAUUUGACGACAUGCGAAGAUCUGAACGGCAUUGCGAAUAGCAGGGAGCUGGGCGAUGCAGAUCGGCUCUGCCACGGAUCACGAAGUUUGCGGCACCUAGAGUUGAAUGACAGGAACCUCAAAGAGAUCGAGAAGGCGCCGCUCGUGGUUGGGCAGGGUGUCAAAGGGUCCCCAAAAGGACCUUGCACCCGAACAACCACACCCGUGAGUAAUGAGCACCGCACUGGAUCUGUUAAGAGUUGGGCAAUCUGGGUAUUGUCUGUCUUGGCAUCUUCAGUCGUGCUUUCUUCCAUCGGCAGAAACAUGCCUACAUUCGACUUUAGCAACAAGAGUCACUCGGCUGUUCACCGCUUUUCCCGACGAGAUACUUGUGAAUCUGGCCGUGCGCAACCCAAUUACGACCUCGGACUUCACGUUGCUGGUCUCUUCAUUAUUUUCUUUGUUUCUUCCACUGGCUGCGGUUUCCCCUUGCUCGUUACUAAAUUUCCGCGACUUCGAAUUCCACCGUCUUUCUUGUUCGGUGCCAAGCACUUCGGUACUGGAGUUCUAAUCGCGACAGCCUUUGUACAUCUACUUCCUACAGCGUUUCUGUCGCUCAGCAACCCAUGCCUAUCACACUUUUGGACCGAUGGCUAUCCAGCUAUGCCCGGAGCGAUUAUGCUGGCUAGUAUUUUCUUCGUCACGAUUAUCGAAAUGGUAUUCUCGCCAGCGCAGCAUGUGUGUGGUGGUAAUGAAGGGGUUGCUGCAGUAUCGCGUCCAGUGAAGACGACCAGGAACGAGAAAGAUCAGGAUCUAGAGACGAUUGAAGCAACCACUGGCACCACUCCGGAACCAAUGAUGCGUAGAACCUACUCGGAAGGCAGCAUGCAAGUCCGCGAGAUUGGAAGUCUGCGUGGCAGAAAUACCAGCAUUAGUCGCACUCUCUCGCGCUACCGUGAAGAAAACCAGCGCCUUGAUGCCAUCGAAUCUCUAUCGGACACAUCGGACACCCCGGGGGACAAUCCCAAGCACGAGUCGCACGAAAGCGCUAUCGAAGACGACGUUGAGAACAAUAAGCACAGUCAUGUCUUGACCCCAGAACAAAUUCACAAGAAGGCUAUCAUGCAGUGUUUUCUGCUCGAGAUGGGAAUCCUCUUUCACAGUAUUUUCAUUGGCAUGUCGCUCGCUGUGGCUGUUGGAAACGACUUCAUUGUCCUCCUGAUCGCGAUCGUCUUCCACCAGACAUUUGAAGGCCUCGCGCUCGGAGUUCGUAUCGCUGACAUCAAGUGGCCCGCUCGGGCCCUGCAACCCUGGCUCAUGGCCAUCGCAUACGGCUUGACCACGCCUGGAGGCAUGGCAAUCGGAAUCGCGACGCAUACGCUGUAUAGCCCUAACUCCGAGGUUGGGCUUCUCGUUGUCGGUAUCAUGAACGCGGUGUCCGCGGGUUUUCUAGUAUUUGCUUCUCUGGUAGAGCUCAUGUCGGAAGACUUCUUGAGCGACCAGAGCUGGCAGGUAUUGAGGGGCAAGAAGAGAGUUGUAGCUUGUCUUCUGGUAUUCGUUGGAGCGUUCUUGAUGAGCCUUGUGGGCGCUUGGGCUUAGGUGGCUGAUGUUGGAGAGAGACAAUGAUGGGAAUAUGUCGAGGCGAGCGCUUGGGCCUAGGUGGCGAAUGUUGGGGAGAGAGACAAGGCUGAGAAUGCGGUCGAGGCGAGGUGCUGAGACUAAUUCUGGUGGUAAGCAUUGAUGUGAUGAUGGGUAGAGUCAGCUAUAUGUAGAGAAGAACAGCCCCUGCAUCGAAAAUAUAUUAAUCAGGGAUGUUGCAUCGAUCUUU